AUGGCUAAGGAAGUAAAGCUUGUGAGAUAUCGCACAAGCCCUUUCAGUCUCAGAGAAGAGCUUGCUUUGGAGCUCAAGGGAGUUCCCUAUGAUUGCCUGGAUCUUGAGGAUGUUCCAGACAAAAAUGCUGUGUUUCUUGAGUAUAAUCCUAUAUACAAGAAGAUCCCUGUACUUGUGCACAAGGGAAAAUACGUAGCUGAAUCCCUCAUAAUACUUGAAUACAUCGAAGACACAUGGGGUGCAUAUCCUCUACUCCCCAAGGAUCCAUAUGAAAGGGCCUGUGUGCGUCAUUUGGCCAACUUCAUUGAUGACAAGUGCAUUCCUACAUUCCGGAAGGCAUUUUGGGGCGAUGGCGAUAUGCAGAAAACCUCGAUGGAACAGUCAAAAGAAUAUCUAAGCAUUCUACAAAAAGAACUUAAAAAUAAAAAAUUCUUCGGAGGAAAUUACAUCGGGUUUCUUGACAUUGCUGCAGCCUAUAUUGCUCUAUGGGUUGGAGUUCUUCAAGAAGUAGCUGGAGUAAACCUGUUCAAUAGAGAAGAUCAUCCCAUUUUAUGGAAAUGGUCUCAAGAGUUUUUGAACUCUAAAGUCGCGAAGAAAAUCUUGCCUGAGAGAGAAAAACUUGUUGCAUUUUUCAAUGGCCGGAAAGAGAUCAUGAAGGAUUCUAUUAAGACUGUGAUCUGA